CAUUCUUCCAGUCUACAAGGAAGUUAUUGCUGAAUUGAAGGCAGCUGGUGCUUCAUGGAUUCAGUUUGAUGAACCCAAACUAGUGAUGCAUCUUGAUAGUGGGGAGUUGAAUGCAUUCACUGAUGCCUACUCUCAGCUAAAAUCUACUCUAUCCGGUCUUAAUGUUAUUGUUGAGACCUACUUCGCCGAUCCACUUGCCAAGUGUUCUGACUUAUGUACAAGUCUACAGGAAUUAUAUCCUAUUCCUCCACCUGACAGAACACAAGAAGAUAUACCUCUUCUUCAAACUGUACGAUCCGCAAAAAGAACAACCGGCACCGCGGUAUAUGUGGGGGCACGUUUUGUGAAGGGAAGUGGCAAGCCUAUGAAAUUCUUAGAAAGCUUAAUGAGAUGGCUGGAUUCUCUCCAGAUGAAGAGAUUUAACUUUUUGAGAUGGUUGUAUGCUUGAAUUAUCUGGAGAAACUGAAGGAAGAUGAUUUCUCUCUAGAGCUGUAAUAACUUUUGAUAAUGUCACGGAAAUAGUUACUCGGCAUCUUGGUUUGGAUGACCCAACCAAAAUCAAACUUACUCUUCACCGCUGUUGCUCGCAGCAACCCAUAGCUCCAGCCAUUAAGUACCAUGGUUUUGACCACUUGUCUGAGAUGUUGAUUCACCAAAAUCAGGUAAUUCAUCACUCUGAACCUAGCUUUCUAAGGAUUGCUCGAUCUUGUCAACUUAACUAUUAUAUUUGAAUGCGUCGCUGAUACUUCCUUGAAGGGUUUUCCGACAGAAAUCUGAUAUUUUGUAUUUCGAAGUCUUGGACAUCCCUCCACCACUGUUAGAAGGUUUAAAAACUCUGAAUGUUUCUUUUCAUCAUGAAAAAAAAGAUACUGUCAUUCACCGAAUUAGUCUUCCAAGCAAAAGUACAGUAAGCAGACGUUCGUAUUCCUUAGGUUUUUUGAUCAACAAUGAUCCGUUUAUUGUUGGAUUAUCUUCUAAAAUAUUGUGCAAUCUUGUGAAGUCCAACAUCUGACCUUAUUCGUCUAUUUUCUCCAAUUUUCAUUCUUACAGAUUCUAGAGGAGGAGAAGAACUUGGGUACUUGGGUACUCGGGAUUGCUUGGUUUAUGUUUAUCACUUCACAGAAGAUGCAUCUGAGAUCCAAAAGUGUUCGGUAGUAAAGACUUUAGUCCCAAUGUCAUUACGAAAACCUGCCAUAUCUUGAUAUAUGAAAACUUAGCUGCAAAGUCUAACCAUAUUCUAGAUCUUAACUGAGCUGCUAAUAACAGACUCAAUUUGUGACCUUUCCAAGAAAAAACCUCAUGACUGAUAGACGCAUUUAUGUGUCUAUUUUGUUCUCAAUGUU